AUGGCCGUCAUUUCGGAGUACGAUGAAGAGGAGGAGCAGGUGCAACCUCGCACUUCAACAUCACGGCAGACGAAGCCAUCUGAAUUAGUGAAGCCUUCUAAAGAAAUACCUGCAGCGGCCGCUCCUUCGCAAGCCCAACCCCGCGGCCAAUUUCCUCCGCCGAGCCAGCCCGACAACAUCGAACUCCACCAGCACGACCCCGUCCUGAGUGCCAUGCUUGAAGAGCACAAACGGCACCCUCUACAGCUUCUAACGACCGUCAUCGAUUUCCUGUUCAGAAAGACUGAUCUUUCGCGGGAGAGUAGGGUGGAAUCGAUGGUGACCGAAAUUGUAACAGCAGCGAUAAAGAGAUGUGCACAUGAAGGAGAGGGUGUGUCGCCGGAGAAGGUUGCGAAAGUAGACCAAACCAAAAUUUCGAUACCAGAACAUGAUUCUCAUAAGUCCGAACCAAUGGAUGAGUGUAGGACGCCGGUGAAUACUUCUGUCGGCAAGACGUCCGCACAACAUUUGCAAGUUAAAGAACCGCAAGGAGACGAAGUUGCCGAGGGUUCCGAAAUAGCCCCAUCUCCUCCAGGCAAGGUGGAGCCUGUCGCAGCAAUAGAUGAGCGUCCAGCAUCAAAGGAUGUAAAGGUUGAUGAGCCAAUCGAGGAUCAGGGAACAGGCUUGAAACCCAACAGUGGAAACGGAUGUGAUCACGAGAAAUACUCAUGGACGCAAACUCUAGCUGAAGUUACAUUGCACAUAAGCUUGCCACAAGGAACUAAAGGGAAAUCAGUAGUGUGCGAUGUAAAGAAGACGAUGUUCAAGGCAGGUCUGAAGGGCCAAUCACCUAUUCUGGAGGGCGAAUUCGACAACCCAGUGAAGCCUGAUGACUGUUACUGGACUAUAGAGGACGAUGGGACAUUGUGCGUUACCUUGACCAAAUGCAAUAGGAUGGAGUGGUGGAAAAGUGUGGUGAAAGGAGAGCCUGAGAUCAACACGAAGAAGGUGGUACCCGAGAACAGCAAGCUGCAAGACUUGGACGGUGAAACGCGUCAAACUGUAGAGAAAAUGAUGUAUGAUCAAAGGCAGAGGGCUCUCGGAUUACCCACAAGCGAUGAGUCCAGCAAAAGCGAGGUACUCAAGAAAUUCAUGGCGCAGCAUCCAGAAAUGGACUUUUCGAAGGCGAAGAUUUGCUAGAGGCCGGUGAGUUAUUUUGCUAAGAUGUAAAUUCGUCCCAUGAGUACCUGAAGUACUCUGAAUCACAAAAUCACGAAAGUAAAAAAUUGAAGUCGAUCAUAGGAUAGUCGGGGUAACAGUCCUCGUUUCCAGAAAAAACGGUUUUACUAAUACAAAAAAUAACAAGUUCGAAGGUAGAGAAUCGAUCAAUGCGUGCAGAAUCCGAGAAAAAUCCGAGCAUUAUAAUGCACAAGAGCAACAGGACAGCUCUAACCAUGUCUCAAACUUGAACUUCGAAACUUAUAUCAGGCUUAUUAGUACCGAGUGAGAAGGGACCUUCAAAUGCACUUGCAACUAAUGCACAAUCAAAAACUUAAUAAAAAAACAAAAUUGGUUGAGAA